CUUAAUGGGUGAAUAAAAGGCAUCGAGUUAAAUAUUAUUGUAGAAAGGGGCUUUAUGAAGUUCAGUCCAUUUACUUGCAUUGGUUUACGGGGAAGAUUUGCCACAUCAAAUAUGGCGGACACUCUGACGUAUUCCCAGCAACGGGCCACCAGCUUAAUGCGGCAGUGACGUCUCUUUCGUGCGCCGGAAGUUGCUUUGUUUUGAUAAUAAUGGCGCGUGAGUUGCCUGUAGUAUUCUCCACCGUUGAUUCAGCGACUAUGUUGUUCCUUUUCCACACGUUUUCAAAGCAAUUAAUGUUGUGUAACGCGUUACUGAGUUCACAUAAGCGUGUUCUGGAUAUUAAAAGCUCUCUGGAUGAAAAGCUGGAGAGGAGCCGGAGGGAAUAUGAAGGCGCCCGGCGCAGAGCUCGGAGGCGGUAUGUGAGGCUGCGGGCCUUGGCGCUGUGCAGCCGGUUGCUGGGGACUGGCCGGGAGAGACAAGUGUGGAUAAAAGAGAGACCCCAGGGUGACGUGUUCUGGUCCAAUGUCCUGGCUAACUUUGACGAUGAGCAGUGGGUGGAUCAUUUCCGUAUGUCCCGGAGCACAUUUGAGUUCAUUCUCGGGUUUGUCGAAGCGAAACUGACCCGCAAAUCGACUCACUGGAGGAAACCGCUGGAGCCGCGGCGCAGGCUGGCCGUCGUGUUGUGGUGGUACGCGACCCCGAGCGAGUACCGCACCAUCAGCUGCCUCUUCGGGGUCGGACUGUCCACUGUGUGCACUCUAGUGCGCCAGGUCACCUCUGCCCUGAACACCAGCCUUCUCAAACAGUUCAUCAGCCUGCCACGGGGGGAGGUUCUUCAGAACACACUCAGGGGCUUCGCGGGACGCGGCUAUCCCAUGUGUGCCGGUGCGGUCGGUGUGACCCACAUCCCCAUCGCCGCUCCGAAAGAAAACCCGGCUGCUUACUACAACAACAAAAAGUGGCCCUCCAUUGUUCUGCAAGCAGUCGUGGACCACAACAUCUGCUUCACAGACGUACACGUUGGCGCUCCUGGUCGCAUACACAAUGCAAGAGUGUUGGCUGCUUCUCCACUCUACAAGAUGGCUGAAGAACAAAAUGGAUACCUGUUCCCUCGUGAGGAUGCCUUGACUGUGAAUGGAGUGGAGAUUCCUGUUCAUCUGAUUGGAAACGCUGCAUACCCGUUAAAAAAGUGGCUGAUGAAGGGCUUCACAGACGAGUGCACUCUGACUCCAGACCAGCGUCAUUUCAACAGCCAGUUAAGCUCAGCUCGCAUGGUGUUAGACAAUGCUUUUGGACGUCUUAAAGGUCGGUGGAUGUGCCUGCUUAAACGCACCGAUGUUGACGUUACGUUUAUGCCCGACAUCGUUACAGCUUGCUGUAUCCUGCAUAAUGUGUGCGAGCUGAACAAGGAGGACUUCCUGCCUGAAUGGACUGCUGACUCGGAAGUUUUACAACAACCCAACAUGGAUCUUUAUAGAGACACGGUGAUGGAUGGCGCUCAGGCUAUUCGGGACACGAUGGUGACAAUUGUGUGAGAGUUUGCAAAAAAGCAACAACAUACACAACUGCAGUAAAGUUAAUAAGUUGUGGGUGACACUCGUAGAACCUGCUCAAAAUUUGCACAGACAGUUGGUAGGUAUUUUGUUGUUCAUCAGUGUUGUUCAUCUGGUGCGGACUGUCAUGACGAUCUUAAACGUUUAAAUAAGAGAAGGGCGAAGACAAAACGUUUGAAUGGAGGUUAUUCUUUAAUCAUUGUUGGAGAAGCAAACCUGUAAAAUGUUCCAACUUUCCAAGUCCAGCACUGAUUUUUUUUUAUCAUGUAUCACAAUUUAUAUAUUAAUUAAUUAUUUAUUGGUGACAUGAGACAAAAGAAGGCAGUGAGGAAAGUGUGAAAUAAAUCUUAUUAUAAUACAACUCUGCUCACAUGUUCUGCCCACGUUCUCACUCUUCUCUUUAAUAGAGGCGUCACUCACGGUCCCAGUCCUUCCUUUCUCACCCCUGCAGACUUUUUAUAGUCACAACACUGAGAUCUCCUCCUUUCUCCUUCAGACAACACGGACACACGCUUGCAGAGGCCGCAAUAGCGUCUCUGACCGUUCCUCAACCUCAGCUAUAUCGCUCCAGUUCAGAACUGGUCUCAACUAAAGAUGUGCAUGAGACUGUUUUUGCCACUUGCACUUUUACUAUUUUAGCUUGUACCCACCCAUGAUGUUCCCAAACAAAAUUAUUUGGAUCGAUUUCUGAAAACCAGUGGCCCAAUCCUGACCAGGCAGUAUUGGAGGAAUGCCGUAAAUGUACACUACUGUUCAAAAGUUUGGGGUCACUUUGAAACGUCCUUAUUUUUGAAAGAAAAGCACUGUUCUUUUCAAUGAAGAUCACUUUAAACUAAUCAGAAAUCCACUCUAUACAUUGCUAAUGUGGUAAAUGACUAUUCUAGCUGCAAAUGUCUGGUUUUUGGUGCAAUAUCUCCAUAGGUGUAUAGAGGCCCAUUUCCAGCAACUCUCACUCCAGUGUUCUAAUGGUACAAUGUGUUUGCUCAUUGCCUCAGAAGGCUAAUGGAUGAUUAGAAAACCCUUGUACAAUCAUGUUAGCACAGCUGAAAACAGUUGAGCUCUUUAGAGAAGCUAUAAAACUGACCUUCCUUUGAGCAGAUUGAGUUUCUGGAGCAUCACAUUUGUGGGGUCGAUUAAAUGCUCAAAAUGGCCAGAAGAAUGUCUUGACUAUAUUUUCUAUUCAUUUUACAACUUAUGGUGGUAAAUAAAAGUGUGACUUUUCAUGGAAAACACAAAGUUGUCUGGGUGACCCCAAACUUUUGAACGGUAGUGUAUAGUGUACAUAUUAAUGAACAUGAUCUUUCUUUGUCCUGAGGACUUCAUAUCUAAUUAUUAGCUCACAGCUGCAUGAAAGUAAAAACCUCCGGCUUGCAUUAAUUUUUUUUUAUUCCAGCCCGAUCCCAGUUCUGAUGCAUGCCUCAAGUCUCAACCAGAUGUCCUAUGAAACUUCUGCUGCACCCCGUAUUGUAUUCAUAUUUGUAUUUGUUUAGAGCACAUUAUCCUUUCAUUCAGAAUAAUGUAUAUGGAUUUGGUGACAUUCCUUAUAUGAAGAUACAAUCCCAAUUUCAAAAGAGUUGGGACUCCUGUAAAACAAAAACAGAAUGUGAUAAUUUGCAAAUCAUGGAAACCCUAUAUUUCAUAGAAAAUAGUACAAAGACAGCAUAUCAAAAGUUGAAACUGAGAGGUUUUUUUUAAUAUAUGCUCAUUUUGUGGUGUAGUGGUUAGCGCUGUCGCCUCACAGCAAGAAGGUCCGGGUUCGAGCCCCGUGGCCGGCGAGGGCCUUUCUGUGUAGAGUUUGCAUGUUCUCCCCGUGUCCGCGUGGGUUUCCUCCGGGUGCUCCGGUUUCCCCCACAGUCCAAAGACAUGCAGGUUAGGUUAACUGGUGACUCUAAAUUGACCGUAGGUGUGAGUGUGAAUGGUUGUCUGUGUCUAUUGCCGCUUUUCCACUACAAACGCGGCUGAGCCGUGCCGUGCUGAGUCGGGCUGAGCGGGGCUGUUGGAGUUGCAUUUCGACUACAACCGCGCUGAACCGUGCUGGCUGGAAGUGGGUGGACACAUUGGGUGGAGUUAGCGAAAGUGGGUGGACGUCACGUGAUGUCGUUAAGCGGCGCAAACAGUGACAUCAGUGAGCUUUUAAGCGGUAGUCUCACAACCCGGAUAGUAAACAAUAAACAUGGAGGACAUGGAGUCGUUAGUGUUGCUGGUCUUGGUGCUGUGGCUUGUUGUCACCGACAACGCGGACAGAUACUGGCAAGAGUGUAUAGAUGAGGCGAGGCGCAUAAGGCUUCAGAAAUUCUCGUAAUUCGUAAUUCUUCUUCUUCCGGUUUUGCGGUGUUUACAGAUCCCAGCGUGCUCGCGGGGCGUGUGUGGGCAUGUGAGGACACUCCUCCUCACCAAUCAGUGCACAGGGGAGUGUCUGCUCACGCCCCCAGCGUCAGUCGGCUCGGUUUGGCUCGCUUCAGCCCCACUCCAAAACGGUGCGAGUUUUAGGGGCUAAGCAGGGCUGAAACGAGCUGAGUCGUGCUGUUUUUUGGUAGUCGAAACGCGAGCCGUGUCGGGCUGAAGUGAGCUGAAGCGAGCUGAAAAAGGGUAGUGGAAAAGGGCCAUAUGUGUCAGCCCUGUGAUGACCUGGCGACUUGUCCAGGGUGUACCCCGCCUUUCGCCCGUAGUCAGCUGGGAUAGGCUCCAGCUUGCCUGCGACCCUGUAGAACAGGAUAAAGUGGCUAGAGAUGAUGAGAUGAGAUGCUCAUUUUGAAUUUGAUGUCAUCAACACAUUUGAGAAAAGUUGGGACAGGAAAAACAAAAGACUGAAAAAGUUGUGUAAUGCUAAAAAACCUAAUUUGGUUAAUUGGUAACAGAUCAGUAACAUGAUUGGGUAUAAAAAGAGCAUCCCAAAGAAGAGGGGCCUCUCAGAAGUAAAGAUGGGGAGGGGUUCACCGCUCUGUGAAAGACCACAACAAUUUAAGAAUAAUGUUCCUCAGUGUAAAAUUUCAAAGAAUUUGUAGAUUACGUCAUCUAUGGUACAUAAUGUCAUUAAAAGAUUCAAAGACUCUGGGGAAACCUCUGUAUGCAAGAGACAAGGCUGAAAACACUGGAUGCCUGUGAUCUUCAGGCGACACUGCAUUAAAAGCAGACACGUGUCAGUAGUGGAAAUCACUGUAUGGGCUCAGGAACACUUCAGAAAACCAUCGUCUGUGAAAACAGUUCAUUACUGCAUCCACAAAUGCAAUUUAAAACCAGAUAUAAACAAUAUCCAGAAACGCCGCCACCUUCUCUGGGCCCGAGCUCUUUUACGAUGGACUGAGGCGAAGUGGAAAAUUGUCCCGCGGUCUGAUGAAUCAAAAGUAGAAAUUCUUUUUAGAAAUCAUGGACACCACGUCCUCCAGGCUAAAGAGGAGAGGGACCAUCUGGCUUGUUAUCAGUGCACAGUUCAAAAGUCAGUGUCUGUGAUGGUAUGAGGGUGCAUUAGUGCACAUGACCUGGGGAGCUUGUACAUCUGGGAAGGCAUCAUUAAUGCUGAAUGAUAUAUACACGUUUCAGAGCAAUAUGCUGCCAUCCAGACAAAAUAUUUUUCAAGGAAGGCCUUCCUUCUUUCAGCAAGACAAUGCCAAACCGCUUUCUGCUCGUAUUAAAACUGCAUGGCUCUGUAGUAAAAGAGUCCGGGUGCUAAACUGGCCUGCCUGCAGUCCAGACCUGUCUCCCAUUUCAAACAUUUGGCGCAUUACGAAGCACAAAAUCCAGCAAAGGAGACCCCGAACUGUUGAGCAACUGAAAUUGUAUAUCAGGCAAGAAUGGGACAACAUUUCUCCUUCAAACUACAGCAACUGGUCUCCUCAGUUCCCAAACGUUUACAGAUACCCCUUUUCCACCAAAUCGGGGCCGGUGCUGGUUCACAACUUGUUCAACUUGCGAGCCAGCUGAGAACCAGUUUGCUUUUCCAUAGCUCGCGGUGCUAAGGAAAGACACGUCAUUACGUCGCUGUAUACGUCAGUUACGUCGCUGUAUACGUCAGUUAUGUCGCUACGUUUGCAUAAACCUUGGCGCGAAUAUCGAAGCAAAAACAACACGGAAGAAGCAGCAGCAACAACAACAAUAAUGGAUGACUUCGCGUUUGUACAGCUGCUGCUUCUCGUCGCUUAAAAAUGGCGAUCUUUCGCGGUCUUGUUAUUGUUGUUGGUCUUAACAACUCCGCGGUUCUUUCCUCUGGCCCAGCAGAUAGUUGGUGCUAGCCUGGAACCGGUUUUUCUGGCCCCAGAGCCAGUUCUUUGUCAGUGGAAACAGAAAACCCGGUUCCAAACUAAGCACUGGCCCCGAACCAGCCCUGGAACUGCUUUGGUGGAAAAGGGGCAAGAGUGUUGUUAAAAGUAGAGGUGAUGCAACACAGUAGUAAUGGCCCUGUCUCAGCUUUUUUGAAACGUGUUGCUGACAUCAAAUUCAAAAUGAGUAUAUAUUUUUCAAAAAACAAUAAAAUUUUUCAAUUUUAACAUUUGAUAUGUUAUCUUUGUACUAUUUUCAAUUACAUUCCCAUGAUUUGCAAAUUAUCGCAUUCUGUUUUUAUUUAGAGUUUACACAGCAUCCCAACUUUUUUGGAAUUGGGGUUGUACCUAAAUCAUUACAAACACCUCAAAAUGCUUUCAGUUGUUUCAGUAUCUCAAAUUUGCUUAUGUCGUUUAUGAUAGUAUGAUUAGUUAAAUAAAAGAACUCCUACAUCUCAUGUGUCCCGACAGCAGGAACUUUUCAUAUGCAAUGACACGCUGUAUCUGUAACGAAACUUCUUCCUGCAGAUGCUACAUGAAUAGGGUUUUUCUCCCGUGUGAAUGCGCUUGUGUUUAUUAAGAGUCCCCGAGCGCUUGAAGCUGUGUCCGCAUUCUGAGCAUGUGUAUGGCCGGUCUUCUGAGUGGCACCUUAAAUGCAUUUUACGGGAGCCUUCAUUGUAGAAACGCUUCUCACAUAUAGCACAUUGGUAAGGCCUCUCACCAGUGUGUGUGCGCAAAUGACUUCGGAGAGCGUCUCUGCUUUGGUACGUCUUCUCACAGUAGUCACAAGCGUGCCGCUUCUUCCUGCGAUCUAAAGACGCCUGUCUUUUGUCUCUGUGCAUAUUCAUAUGCUUUGCUAACCAGUCACUGCGUCUGAAGCCCUUCCUGCAGAUCUUGCACGUGUACGGCGUUUCUCCCGUGUGGAUCCUCAUGUGACUUAUGAGGUUGGCUCUGCGGACAUAUUCCACACCGCAGAGUUUACACACGUAAUUUUUGAUCUGCGGAAACUGUGCGUCAUGAUUUGCCAGUUGCGAGCUCUUAGGAUUUAAAUCCGCCUGAUCCGAGGAAGUCCGUGCCUCUCUCUCGCAGCCAAGGUUUUCAUUUCCAGCUACUCGACUGCUCAAUCGAGAGCUUUUCCUGCAGGUCUUAUGAUCCUCCAUAUGUAACUUAAGUUCAGCUCUGUACGUAUGUUCCACACUGCAGAUUUUGCAAACAUGCUUUUUACUGGAGGCUUCUUUAAUAUCUUUGAUGGUAUGGUCAGUGGCGAGGUUGAACAUCUUUUCAACAUUUAAAUCCAUGUCAUUUGACCAGCGAACUAACUUUGGUUGAUAUUUGAGGACUCGGCAAACGUGUCCCACCCUUUCAGACUCCUCCACUUCACUCAACACAAUGACGGAAUAAUGUUGUCUCUUGGUGGUCUUCACCCACAGAGUUGCUCCUGCUGUGGUCUGCUCACAUUCACCGUCACUCGCCUCCUUCUCAAAAUCCAUUAUUCUCAGCUUCAUAUUCAGUUAUAUCUGAAGGCCAGUCACGGAUUUGUUCAGCGUCCCGAUAUUCUGAGCACAAAUCCAUCAAUAAAAUAUUUCUAUACUGGCAAAUGUGAACCUGGAAGCAAAGAAAUAGAGUUAGUAUCGUGGUAUUACUCACUUAAAGGAACAGUUCAGAGAAAAUGUACAUAAUUUUCACGCAAAUGUAGUCUAUUAGCCAAGGUUUUUUUUCCUUCUUUCUUUCUCCCCUCCUCUCUUUCCCCCAUAUCUUAUUCUUUUUAUAUUUGUAAUUAAUUUAUUUUAAUUUAUCUAGAAGUUUUCUCUAUUUCUUUUCUCUGUUUAUCUGUAAUGAUGC